AUGCUGGCGCGGCAGCGGCUCAAGCGCGCCGCUCUGUACGCGGAGGACGUCGUGGCGGUGCUCGCGGACUUGCCCGAGGUGUUUCAGGAGCAGCAGUACUUGUUGUGGAGCGAAGUGUCGAAAAAACGGCAGAUCUUCGACCGCGCGCGGAUCGUGGCCCAGAAGGCCU